UAAUAUAUCAAAAUUUAAAAAGUGCUAGUGAUAAAUCAACUCAAGUGUAUAUUCCUGAUUUACCAUGUAAUAUUCUAUGUGAUAUUGAAGAAAAUAUUAUUGAAGAUAGAAAACCAAAACUACCUGAAAAAAUAUUAUUAGAUACUAUUGCCUCUAAACUUUAUCCUGAUGCAUCAUUUAUAGAUGAUUAUAGUUCUUUUAGUACUGAAAUAAUAGAAAUGACUCAUAAAAAAUUCGAUGGUACUGAAGUAAAAUAUGGUAAAACUGUUUAUACAGAUAAAAAUAUCGUAACAAAUUCUUUAAUUAUGUUAAAUAGAUUUGGUCAAAAAAUAUCUGAUGACCUUCCAAAAGCAUUUAAAUUGAGAUUACAUGAUUUUUUUACUCAAAUAGAUAUGAGUAUAGUAUUAAAUACUGGCAAAGAAGGAGAUCUUAACAUGAAAGAAACUGAAGAAAAUUUUGCUUUUAUGAAAGAUAACCUCGAACUUGGAGAUAUUUUUAAGAAAGAUAACUGGGAAUUUAUACUUGCUCGUGAUAUACCUGUUAACAUAGAGGAAUUAUCAAAAAAUAUUAAAUCUGAUAAACCAUCAUGGUAUGAUUUUAGUAUAAAACUUCACCAUAGUCAUGUAAAUACAAAACAAAAAUCUGAAUCACAAGGAAUGCCAUAUGGUUUAAAAACUAUAGAUAAAGAAAAAAAUUUAAUAAUUUACUGUUGUGAUAAAGAACCUGUAACUAAUUCCAAAGGAGAACAAAGUUAUAUUGUUAGAUAUCAACCAAAUGUUAUCUGGGUUUUGACUGUAACAUUUGAUCCUGAUACAAUGAGAAAAAAUAUAGAAAAUAGCCUAAGAUUACCAGAUAUAGAAUAUAAUAAUGAUAUAAUAUUCUUCAGAAAAGAACCUUCAUUUCCAACACAUCCUAGACCUUUUCUUCUUGUUAAUAAGAUCAUACCUAUCAUGGCUUAUGAAACUAACAUGGAUAGUACUGCAAAUCUCAAACAAGCAAGUAGAACAGCAUUGCAACAAUUAGUAGAAGCUGUUAAAGAAGCUAUGAAAAAUCCUGAUGUUGGUAGUAGUAAUGAUAGUAAAAAUCUUUUCAGUAUUUCUUUUGAUCCUAGUCAACAAGCUUCUCCUGCUACAUAA